AUGGGAAACAUCAAAUACAAGAACAUCCUCUUGAAGUUCUAUGUGCUGCUCCUGGAAAAGCUUGAUCCAAAGGACGUUUCGCUUGAAUUGCUGACGGCCGGUGUAUUGACCUCUGACGAUAUAGAGAAAAUAGAGGAAAAACACUCACAAGAAGAAAAGAAUGAAGAGCUGUUGAUGGUGUUAGCCACGAAAGGACCGAGAGCAUAUGAGGAAUUCGUGAAAGCCUUGGAAAAGGAUCACUCUUUUUUGGCUUGCCAGCUCUUAAAAGAGGAACUUGAGACUGUUAAAGCUGAGUGCAAGGAGCUACAAAAUCAGUUGAAGAAAAAUCAGGGAGAAUUCGUGGAUGCUGAAGCCGGGAACAGCGGAGCAAAAAAUCAGCCCCAGGAAAAAAAGGAAGCUUUGAACAAAUCCGGCAACAAACAGCCUCGCGGGAACUUUAAGACAAAGUACGCCAAGAAGACGAAGAACAACACACGGGCCAAUUUUCCAAUCAAGUUUACUACUGAUGCUCUUACUACCAAGAAAACUGAACGGGAACAAAACGCACUCCUAGAGCGCAUAACAGCAUAUGCAAAACAGGGAUUGGAAUAUUUUCCUCUCACUUCAGAAAAGAACCUUCGAAAGUUUUAUCUUCAUUUAAAAGACUCAAUUAAUAUACAUUUAACUGGGAAAAAAGCUGGCAGUUUAAUACUGACAGUUCAUUGCCGUACUUUGGAGAUUCUUGAACGGCUGUGGGAAGAUUAUUGCUCCGGUCACUUAGACGAAGUAGCCAAUGAGUGCUUUCUUACAGACGAGACAACAAACACAAAAGAGGAAAGGAGAGAAAAGGUUAACGCUGAUGUGGACACCAUCGGUUUGGAAACAACUAUCCUGAAAGAGGACUACUUGAGGUGCAAAAAGUUCUUAACAGAAAUUUCCGGUUUCAAAAGUUUAACAGACGAAGAAAAUGUUGCUAUGGGAAACAUCAAAUACAAGAACAUCCUCUUGAAGUUCUAUGUGCUGCUCCUGGAAAAGCUUGAUCCAAAGGACGUUUCGCUUGAAUUGCUGACGGCCGGUGUAUUGACCUCUGACGAUAUAGAGAAAAUAGAGGAAAAACACUCACAAGAAGAAAAGAAUGAAGAGCUGUUGAUGGUGUUAGCCACGAAAGGACCGAGAGCAUAUGAAGAAUUCGUGAAAGCCUUGGAAAAGGAUCACUGUUUUUUGGCUUGCCAGCUCUUAAAAGAGGGUACGUAUAGCGCAGGCCAAUUUAAAAUGUGGCAAUUUGCAAAGAUUUAGUGCAGAUAACCAAUUAGAAUUCGGUAAAAUUAUAGUUUUUUUUAACUUCUUCUCAAAAGUGCAACUAUUUUGAUUUGAAAUUAUAGAAGACCGUAAAUUUCGCCGGCGUAUUUCUGUGUGAAAGGCUUUUGUGAUAUGUACUUAUCAAUUAAUCUUUCUCGGGAACUAAUAUUUUCAGGUGGCUUAUAAGCCAAAGUAAUUGUAUUUGCUCUUUAGACAUGGUUAAACCUUUGAGCUGGAGAAAAAAUUACCCAUGAGAAGACAUGAAAACUUUGAUACUUCUAUUUAAAACUCAUAUAUUCAUGUUAGAAUUCCAGAAUUAUUAAGCAUCACCUCGAUAACUGCUUCACACUGUAUUUAUCUCCAGACUUUGAAUCAUUAUUAGUCAGCUUACACAAUUGGCACACAAAAAUAUUUCCUGCUGAAUUUUAGAAAAACGUCACAAAGUUUGACUGCCAUAGCUUGGGCGACAAAAGUUUGAAUCAGAACGGGCACUGUGCCCCCCAGGCUAAAUAUGGUCAACCCAAAUUCUAUGGUCGUGAAGUGGGCAUUUAUGGUGUCUGAGAAUAACGUAGCGGCAAAGCUCUACAAUAGCGAUCAAUGAGGUAAAGAACCAAAUCUCUAGGUCUGUUGGCUUGCAUUCGCGGAGGUGGGUUUAAGUGGUCGUUUAAGGGUCGAUCAGGAUUUCCGUAUGUUAGUUUCUGAAGGAUUAUUGUAGUAGGGAGUUUGUGAG